ACUUGAUGUCAUUGACGAAUUAUAACGUCAUAGAUUAUUUAUUAAACUAUAAUACGCAGGGAUACGUUAACACUGGGAGCAUUACAAUCGAUGUUAAUUAUUAAUUUGUUUUCCAUGGUUUCUGUAUGAUCUAAAUCUUUUCAUCUAUCCGCUUUGCUCGAGUAUAUCCUCUGAUCUCAAGUUCUAUUAAUCAAAAUGUCAUACGCUGGGAGAAGUACCCGAACGUCUAACGAACCGGUUCUAUUACCUCAUGUUUUUAAUACAACCGAACUGAAUUAUGCUGAACUGAGUAAGUGGAACCUAGAUAGUUCAGUAUUCGGCUUUCAUGAAGAUAUUCUCAAGGAUAAGAGUGCUGCAACUGCACAACCGACUGUCAUCACACCCAGUGUUCAAGUUGCCUCCAUAAGGGCCAACAGAAGGAGACCGACCUACGCUGCUAAGUGUGUAAAAAAUGAAUCGGCCGAGGAAUCAGCCGAAUCGUCAAGUGACGCUGAUAAUAGAACGGCCACAGCAAAGGAUAUACGCCGCAACAAGAUACUGCAUUAUCGUAAAUUGCUAACUGCGACAGUGAAAGUAAAGACCGCUAUUUUUCAUGCAAAGGUGAUAGUUAUGUGUAGCAAAGAUGGAAAGUGCAUUGAAUGGUACAAAAAUAAGGAUUCGGAAGGAGACGAAAAUAAGCGACAGCUAAUCGGAACCCUACCAGUUGCCAAAAUAACUAACUUCAAAACAAAGGUAGACAAUCUCAGAUAUUUGGAGAUUACAGCUGGUACCAAUACGUAUAUUUUUGUGUUCAAGACGAGGGAAGAACGAGAAAAAUGGCAAAGUGAUUUUGAUAAUUUUGUCAAAUUUAUGAAGAUGAUAUGAAAAGCAGGGGAAGUAUUGGCAUGGUUCCAU